CCUGUCUCACUUUUUGGUGCAACAAUCGUUUGAUUUUAGCGAUGGACCUGGUUUAUCGACUUAACAGACAUUCGAGCCCGGUAUCAUUUUUGCGUGCGAUCUUUCAGCCACUGACAUAUCCGUUGUUUGGCGCACUUGUGAAAUUAGCCCUUAUCAGGCAUCACCUAAUGAUACUAAACUGGGACGCGUUCAACAGAGCCUAUGCACAUCGUUCUAAGCGCACACCUCUGAUAACUGUCUCGAACCACCAUUCAUGUCUUGACGACUUUAUGCUCUUCGGAUCGCUAUUAUCCCUACUGGAUCUUACAAGUGUUCGUCGUUACAGGUGGACUUUGACCGCGGUGGAUAUCUGCUUUACGACAAAAUUGCAUAGUUUCUUUUUCAAUUGGGGAAAAGGCAUCCCUGUAUGGCGCACAGUGCGUGAUUGGAAAUCUGGGAAGCUGAUUUCCAAGGGUGGAGGUGUUGAUCAACCGUCGAUGAACUUUUCUCUCGAUCUGUUGAAUAGGGGAGAUUGGAUUCACGUCUUUCCUCAGGGUCGGAUUAUCCAUCCUUAUGAACGUGACACUGAAACAGAUAUUCGAUUACGGUGGGGCGUUGGUCGUUUAAUAGCGGAAUCGAAAGAGCCACCUAUCGUUCUUCCAAUUUGGCAUUGUGGGUUUGACACACUCAAUCCAUCUGAUCCGUCAGACACUUUAAAAACCAUAACCUACAUACUGGGAAAACCGCAGUGCUUGACCAUCGGCGUGGGCGAGCCACUGGAUAUUUGUUCCCUCCGAAAGGAAAUUCAAGACAUUUGCGAUAACCAUACGGUAUCUGACAAUCGUCGAUCACUAAUACAUGCUCGGCUCACUGACAUUGUUCAACGUAAACUUUAUGCUCUGAAAGCCAAAACAGAUAAAGAACAUCAAGCCCGAUUGUGUUCUUUGUACACUAGAUGAACGUUUAUUGCUUAUGUUUUAUAUUUUAUUCCUACACUGGUAUGUUUAGUUUUUCUAUGAUUGCUCCAUAUAUUGAUGCCGCACCUGCCCCGUGAG